AUGGUUGCUGUGGGAACCCUGGUGUGGGUUCCCGCUCUCUGCUUUGAAGCCCAGGAACACAGAUACUGCCAAGAAUUUUACUUUCUCGCAGAUAAUCAGGACUUGGCUGAUAAAUUGAAAAAAUUGUCCAAAGGAAGAAAGGGAGCAGCAGCUGGUCUCAGCUAUGUUGGGGCAUAUGUCUUUAACACCUACAAGAGCUAUGACAACUUUCUGCAGGACAAGUAUGCUCUGUUGCCAGCCAUGAUCAUUAUUUGCGUCGCUGUGGUAAUGUUCGUCAUUGGGUUGAUCGGCUGCUGUGCCACCUUCCGGGAGUCUCGAGUUGGUCUAGGGCUGUUCUUGGCCAUUAUCCUGGUUAUCUUUAUUGCAGAAGUAUCCGCUUUUGUCCUGGGAUUUGUUUACAGGGAAAAGGUAAAAACUGACGUGCAAGGCACAAUGCACUCAGUCUUUGGGAAGUAUGAUGGGAAAAACGCGGAGUCUUCUGUUGUGGAUUACUUGCAAGAACAUCUUCAUUGUUGUGGGGUAAAGAACUACAGCGACUGGACGACCACGCAGUGGUUUAAUUCCACCGGUAACAACAGCGUCCCUCUGAGCUGCUGCAGGCAAGACAUGAAGAACUGCACGGGGCGUCUGGAUCAGCCACAGGAACUCAACACGCGGGGCUGCGCAGAGGAAGUGGAGUCUGGGCUGCAGAGUGUUAUCAGCUACGCUAUGCUUGUAAUCCUGGGGUUUGCCAUUGUAAAGUUCUUUGGCAUGCUGAGUGUCUGCGUGCUUACUUGCAAGAGAGAAGACAGUGGAUAUCAGCCUCUCUACUCGGGGGUGUUUGCUUAAUAAAAUAUAAAGAUCACUUUUUUUUUUUUCUUCCUGAUGAUAAAAUAGACUUGUAAAGAUGGACGCUAAAGGACAAUUUGUGACCUUCUUGCUAAGUAUUUUACUUUAUGUACAUGAAACAAAACAUUGUGUAUUGACUUGGGAAAGUUUCUUGCAGAUGACAUGAAAUGGCAAUUUACAGUAACGUACCCUGACCUUGCAUACCACAGCUUUCUGUAAGGUUAUCAUGGAUUUGGAUUUGUGACUUUAGGCAGCACCAGACUCCAGGAAGAAUCUUUCUUCUGCAGUUCUUUCUCCUACCCUGAAAACAUGCAAAAGAAAUGUUAUUUUUAAUCACUAAACUGAUUAAGACUGCAAGGAGGGGUUUCAGUUGUCUGCAAAAAAACAUCAGGUGAUUCCCGUGGCGUGGUUAAACAGCAAAAAAAACUUUUGAACGCCAGGUUCAAAUAUUCUUCAUAAGCACGGGGAGUAAGAAUAUGUUUUCUCUAUAUUUGACGGUGUUUCUAUUUUUUUUUUUUUCUCCUUCUUAUGGUCAUAUGUUGUAAUUCAGUUUCCUGCAGAGGUUGUUAGUGCAAGACACCCCCGUGUUUCAAGUCUAGAACAGACAUUUGAGUUGUUUUUUGAAGCAGCUGGCAAAUGUGAACGAUCCCAGGUUAGGAAGGGACGUGUGUCUUGAGCUUUUGGGCUCAGGACAGGUCUCUUUGGCUUGGUUUUUUUUUUGUCUUUUUUUUUUAAUUAUUAUUAUUUGACAUUAAAAAUUGCUUAUGAAGCAGGGCUUUUGAUUUUUUUUUUCUCCUUUUACUGCUGCAUUUAUGGUUUGUCUCGGGACCUACUAUGUCUCUCCAUUUAAUGUAGAAGUUGCAAGAGUUAUUGAGAUGAAUACAGGCUGGGAGAUGGGAGUCACCAGACACGUCGGCACGGUGUGGUUGCGUCCGCAGGACUGCUGGAGGGGUUAGUGCUGCCGUCCCUGCGCCACGGAAUGUCUGACUGCUUUUCACCACUAAAAAACAUGAUGAUGCAUUCUUGUACCAAGCAAUUUCAAUUAACCUCGGCUGGCGGCAUCAUGCGACUCCUUGUUUGCCGGUUUUCCUUAAAGGUCUGCCGAAUGCAGUCGCUUCUUGGAUUGCAUCGCUGCUUUAAACAUGGUCCUUCCUGAACACGUUUGUAUGUUAAAUCUGCUUCCCAGUUCUUCAGGGUUUCUUUGGUUGUUUUUAAAGCUGUGAUGUGGGGAGGGAGGGAACACGGAGCUAUUCCUCAUUAGGGAAUUGUGGCAAAGCAACAGUGGGUUGGCUUGGUUUUUCUUCGGAGAGGUAAGCACGCUAUCCUUAGCGAUAAAACUUUUGUAGCUAAUUAGAAGAAAAGGAGUUUGGGGUAAAUGUAAGCUUUUUAUUUAUCUUUUUUUUUUUUCGCCUCCGCCCCGAAAAGAAAGCAAGGGGUGAUGAUGAUGGGGUCAUACCAGUACGGGUAUGUUGAAAAGUGACCUAAUUUUGUUGAGGGCUUUGUUUUCUGUUGAA